AUGAAGGAAUAUAGGUGUAAACUUAAGCUUGUAUUGCUUGGUGAAUCAUCGGUUGGGAAGUCUUCCAUUGUUACAAGGUUCACUACAGGUGAAUUCCAUAAAAACCAGGCCACUAUAGGAGCCGCUUUCACAACGAAGUCCAUUUCAUGGGUAGAGAAAGCUACUAGUAACUCAGAAGAAAUGGUUCAAAAGACUUUAGAGUUUGAGAUUUGGGAUACUGCUGGCCAGGAACGUUACAGGUCUUUAGCGCCUAUGUACUACAGGAAUAGUGAAGUUGCAUUAGUGGUGUUUAACGUAACAGAGAGAACUAGUUUCAACAAGGCUACAUCUUGGAUUGAUGAGCUCAAAAAUCAUAUAGCUGAAACUAAUAGGGGUGAUAUAAUGAUUCAGUUUGUGGGGAAUAAGAUAGAUCUAAUUAAGCCCAACGAAAUACUGGAUGAGUGGAAAACAAUGCCAUUAGUUUCAGCACUAACUGGUCAUGGCGUAAACGAGCUGUUCAUGAAUAUUGCGAAGAGUGUUCCUCUUGAGAGGUUUGAAUUGGUUAAAGACUCUCAAUCAAAUCCAAACGCUGUGGUAGAGCUUCUAAAUAAUACCCGUAGUGAAAGCAGGUGCAAUUGUUAA